AUGUCGUACAUCGGUUGGUCUAUCCAAGACUGGGUCAAAUUCCACAGUGACUCGACUCCCGAACAAUCGUUUGCCUUGUUAUCCCAAGUAUUAACAUCUCAGUCGUCCGAUGAUCCAGCAUGGAUUUCAUUGGUUUCCCCUGCAAACUUACAACACCAGUGGGAUUUCUUACAGAGCAAUUUUCACAAAACCCAACUUCCACUUUACGGGGUACCAGUUGCUAUCAAAGACAAUAUCGAUGUGAAAUAUCUUGAAACCACUGCUGCAUGCCCCAGCUUUGCUUAUGAUCCACAAGAAGAUGCAACCACCGUCAAACUCUUGAGAGAUCAGGGUGCCAUUAUAAUCGGGAAGACCAACUUGGACCAGUUUGCUACCGGGUUGGUUGGAACCAGGUCUCCUUAUGGUGUUACUCCCAAUACCUUCAAUGCUAAGUAUGUGAGUGGAGGCUCAUCGGCAGGAAGUGCGUCGGUGGUGGCCCGAGGAAUCGUACCAAUUGCAUUGGGUACCGACACCGCCGGCUCUGGUAGAGUUCCUGCUGCAUUGAAUAACUUGAUUGGCUUGAAGCCCACCAAGGGAAUUUUUUCUUGCAAAGGUGUUGUACCGGCCUGCAAGAGUUUGGACUGUGUUUCUAUAUUUGCAUUGAAUUUACAAGAUGCCCAGUUGUGUUUGGACAUCAUGGCCAAGUUUGACGGAGAUAAUGAUGAGUACUCCAGAAGCUUACCCACUAACCCAUUGAGGGCGUUUUACAAGCCCACAAUUGGUAUUCCCAACAACUUGUUGUGGUACGGAGAAGAAGAGAACCCCAAGGUCUAUAACAAGGCGGUUUCGGUGUUUGAAAAGUUGAACUUCGAAUUGAAGUCGGUCAAUAUCGACCCCUUCUUGGCCUUGGCCAGGUUGUUGUACGAAGGUCCUUGGGUCACAGAACGGUUUGUGGCUACCGAAGAGUUUUUCCAGACCAAUCCUCCUGAGAAGGAUUUGGACCCGACUGUCACUCAGAUCAUAAAGGGUGGUGAAAAAUAUACCGCUGCAAACUGCUUCAAAUCCGAGUAUAAGAGACAGGCAUUAUUGCAACAGAUCAACAAAAUCAUGAACCAGAACGAUGUGAUCAUUGUCCCCACUUGCCCAUUAAACCCCAGCAUCGAGCAGAUCCAGAAAGAGCCUGUGAAAAUCAACUCUUACCAAGGAACUUACACCAACUUUGUCAACUUGGCCGACUUGUCAGCCUUGUCGAUUCCUGCUGGAUUCAGAUCUGAUGGUUUACCUUUUGGAAUCACUUUGUUAUCCAAGAAGUUCAACGAUUUCGCUUUAUUGGACUUGGCCAACCAAUUCUUGAAAGCCAACUCCAAGAACAGAUUCGCGGGUUGCUUGACCGAUGUGUUGAUUGGUGCUGCUGAUGAGUUGAACGCCUCGCUUCCAAAGCCAAACCCUCAAACUUCCAUUGAGUUGGCUGUGGUGGGUGCACAUUUGAAGGGCUUUGAAUUACACUGGCAGUUGCAAAAAGUGAAUGCGGCUUUUGUUAAACAGACCAAAACCUCGAAGAACUACAAGUUGUACUGUUUGCCAAAGACAGGGCCAGUGAUGAAACCUGGUUUGAGGAGAGUCAACCCGGAAGAAGUAGAUGGUGCUCAAAUCACCAUCGAAGUGUAUUCGAUUCCUGUCGAAACCUUUGGUGAUUUCAUCCGCUUGGUGCCUCAGCCUUUGGGAAUUGGUUCUGUUGAAUUGGAAGAUGGCUCUUAUGUCAAGUCUUUCAUUUGUGAAGAAUCCGGCUACAAGGCUCCCGGAACCAUUGAAAUCACCAAGUAUGGUGGUUGGGCCAAAUACAUUCAUUACACCAAGUCCCAGGCUAAGAAACCUUUCAACUCGGUUUUGGUUGCAAACAGAGGUGAAAUUGCGUAUAGAAUUAUCAAGACCUUGAAAAAAUUGGGUGUCAAGUCCAUUGCUGUAUACUCGGAUUUGGACAAGUACGCCAAACAUGUAUUGGAAGCCGAUGUGGGUAUUCCCUUACAUGGCAGGUCUGCUGCUGAAACCUACAUUUCCAUCGACAAAAUCAUUAAGGCUGCCAAAGAUUCCGGGGCCGAAGCCAUUAUUCCUGGUUACGGAUUCUUGUCUGAAAAUGCUGAUUUUUCCGAUAGAUGUGGAAAAGAAGGCAUUGUGUUUGUUGGACCAUCUGGAGAUGCCAUCAGAAAGUUGGGGUUGAAGCAUAGUGCUAGAGAAAUCGCCCAAACUGCCAAUGUUCCUUUGGUUCCUGGUUCGAACUUGAUCAAGGAUGCCAAGGAAGCUCGUGAAGUGGCCAACAAGUUGGAAUAUCCUGUUAUGGUAAAGCUGACUGCUGGUGGAGGUGGUAUUGGUUUGCAGAAGUGUGAUUCUGAAGAUGAAAUCGAGAGAAUCUUUGAAACCGUCCAGCAUCAAGGUAAAUCCUACUUUGGUGAUGAUGGUGUAUUCUUGGAAAGAUUCGUCGAAAACGCCAGACACGUCGAAAUCCAGAUUUUGGGUGACGGUUAUGGAAAAGCCAUUGCUCUUGGUGAAAGAGACUGUUCUUUGCAGAGAAGAAACCAGAAGGUUAUUGAAGAAACCCCCGCUCCUAAUUUGCCAGAAGCUACUAGACAAAAGAUGAGAAAGGCUGGUGAGUCUUUGGCAUCUGUGUUGAAGUAUAAGUGCGCUGGUACGGUUGAGUUCAUUUACGACGAAAAGAGAGACGAAUUCUACUUUUUGGAAGUCAAUGCUAGAUUACAAGUGGAACAUCCAAUCACCGAAAUGGUCACUGGAUUUGACUUGGUCGAAUGGAUGUUGUUGAUUGCCGCUGACAUGGCUCCUCCUUUGGAUGAGCAAGAGAUCACCGUCACAGGUGCUUCUAUGGAAGCAAGAUUAUAUGCCGAAAAUCCUGUUAAGGAUUUCAUGCCAUCUCCAGGUCAACUUACUGAAGUUAAGUUCCCUGAAUGGGCCAGAAUCGAUGGUUGGGUCGAAAAGGGUACAGUUGUUUCUGCUGAAUACGAUCCAACUUUAGCUAAGAUAAUUGUUCACGGUAAGGAUAGAAACGAAGCCUUGCUCAAGUUGAGAAAGGCUUUGAACGAAACUGUUGUAUAUGGCUGUAUCACCAACGUUGACUACUUGAGAUCCAUUGCCAACUCCAAAAUGUUUGAAAACUGUCAAAUGCACACCAAGAUUUUGGACACCUACAAAUACCAGCCCACUGCUUUUGAGGUUUUGCAACCAGGUGCUUACACUACUGUUCAAGACUACCCAGGUAGAAAGGGAUACUGGCAUAUUGGUGUUCCACCUUCUGGAUGUAUGGAUGACUAUGCUUUCCGUCUUGGUAACAGGAUUGUCGGAAACCAUAAAAAGGCUCCUGGUAUUGAAAUCACUUUGAAUGGUCCUAAGAUUUUGUUCCACCACGAUACCAUUGUUGCGGUUACUGGUGGAGAAGUUGAUGUGGAUGUCAAUGGAGUGGCUUCCAAGCAAUGGGAACCAAUCACCAUCAAGGCUGGCGAUAAGUUGAGUAUCGGUAAGCUUUCCAGUGGAUGCAGAGCUUACUUGACUAUCAGAGGUGGUAUUGAUGUGACUGAAUACAUGGGUUCGAGAUCCACUUUUGCUUUGGGUAACUUAGGUGGUUACAAUGGUAGAGUGUUGAAGUUGGGAGAUGUGUUGUUCUUGGGCCAGCCUGAAUUGCCUAGCUGUACCUUGCCAUCACCAAUUUCAAAACCAACUUCCAUUCCUUCAAGCUUGAUUCCAAGUUAUGAUUUCAAUAGCAAGAAAGCAUGGAAAGUUGGUAUCACUUGUGGACCUCACGGAUCUCCGGAUUUCUUCCAGAAAGAGUCUGUAAUAGAAUUCUUACUGUCAGAAUGGAAGGUUCAUUACAACUCCAACCGAUUCGGGGUGAGAUUAAUCGGUCCUAAACCUAAAUGGGCCAGACCUGAUGGAGGAGAAGCCGGUUUACACCCCUCAAAUGCCCACGAUUACGUUUACUCUUUGGGUGCCAUUAACUUCACAGGUGAUGAACCAGUUAUUUUGACUUGUGAUGGUCCUUCUUUGGGUGGUUUCGUGUGUCAAGCUGUUGUUGCUGAAGCGGAAAUGUGGAAGAUUGGUCAAGUGAAGCCCGGUGAUAUGAUCCAGUUUGUUCCUUUGAGUUGGGAAGAUGCAAAGUCUUUGAAACACUCCCAGGACUCCAUUAUUGAAGAGUUGAAGGGUGAAUUACCAGAUAAGGCUAUUCUCCCAAAGAAGUUGAAUGGCCCUGAAGACCCGGUGUUGUACACUUUCAAGGCUUCUUCCAAUGCUCCAAAGGUGGUAUACAGACAAGCUGGUGACAGAUACAUCUUGGUUGAGUAUGGUGACAAUGUGUUGGACUUGAACUUGAGUUACAGAAUUUACAAGUUAAUGGAAAUUAUUCAAGAAAGAAAGACCCCCGGAAUCGUCGAAAUGUCCCAAGGUGUCAGAUCGGUGUUGAUCGAGUUCGAUGGUAUUACCCAGGAGAACUUGUUGAAGCUUUUGGUUUCCAUUGAAAAGGAGAUUAUCUUCAUCAACAAGUGGAAGGUCAGCUCCAGAAUCGUCAAAUUACCAAUGGCAUUUGAAGAUCAAAAGACUAUGGAUGCUGUUAAGAGAUACAGUGAAACAAUUAGAAGCGAUGCUCCAUGGUUACCAAACAAUGUGGACUUCAUUGCUUCUAUUAAUGGAAUUGACAGGAAGGAUGUCAAAGACAUGUUGUAUUCUGCUAGAUUCUUGGUGUUGGGAUUGGGAGAUGUGUUUUUGGGUGCUCCAUGUGCUGUUCCUUUAGAUCCAAGACACCGGUUGUUAGGAACAAAGUAUAACCCUUCCAGGACCUUUACUCCAAACGGUACUGUUGGUAUUGGCGGUAAUUACAUGUGUAUCUAUACUAUGGAAUCUCCUGGAGGAUACCAAUUGGUUGGUAGAACCAUUCCUAUCUGGGAUAAGUUGACAUUGGGAACCCACUCCACUGAUAAACCAUGGUUAUUAUCUGCAUUUGAUCAAGUUGAAUUCUACCCUGUUAGCGAAGCUGAAAUCGACAAGUUCAGUGAAGAAAUGAAUGCUGGUAAAUUCAAGGUCGACAUUGUUGAAAGCGUAUUUGACCAUUCCCAAUACUUGGAAUGGGUUCAAGAACACACUGAUUCCAUUGAUGAGUUUUUAAAGAACCAAGGGGGUGAUAAGUUGGAGGAAUUCAACAGGUUGAUCCAGGUUUCUAAUGCCGACUUGGCAACCAGCAGCCAACCCACCGGAACUGCCGAAGAAAACUUUGGUGAGAAUGCCGAGAAGGUUUACUCAGAAUAUAGUGGUAGAUUCUGGAAACCAUUGGCUGAAGUUGGUCAACAAGUUAAGACUGGUGAUGGUUUGAUUGUGGUUGAAGCCAUGAAAACCGAAAUGGUAGUGAGUGCUACAAAGGAUGGUAAGGUUGUCAAGAUCUUCCAUAAGAACGGUGACAUGGUUGAGGCUGGUGAUUUGGUUGUUGUAAUUGAGUGA